UAUGUGCGUUCAUCCCCAGCAAGAUUAGAGAAGUUUAAGAGAUGUGCAGAAAAAGAAAAAAUUGAUUGUAAGAAAAUGUUGUGUCUUGAUGUACAGACACGAUGGAACUCAACCUAUUUGAUGUUGGAGGCAGCUGAGAAGUUUGAGAAGGCUUUCAGGCGGAUGGAGAGUGAGGAUUAUAAUUUCCUCUCUUACUUUGAUGAUGGGCACAUGGGACCUCCUAAAGCUACAGAAUGGGAGACAGUGCGGGUGUUUGUCAAGUUUUUAGAGAUGUUUUAUGAAGCCACUACGAGAUUUUCUGGAUCUUUAUAUGUGACAGCUAACACCAGUUUUUUAGAGAUUUGUGAUCUCCAAACAGAAUUGAUUAUGCUGAGUGAGAGUACUAAUACUUGUUUGAAGAGUAUGGCCAUAAACAUGAGAACCAAAUAUGAUAAGUAUUGGGGGUCAUUAGAUAGGAUGAACUUGUUCAUGUUAAUUGCUGUUGUGCUUGAUCCACGAAGCAAGUUAGGACUUCUUUCUUUUCAUUUGAAGAAAAUCCAUGAUGAGUUUCGUGCUGAGGAGUUGGUUUCGAAUGUGAGACAGGUAUUAGCAGAUUUGUAUGAAGAGUAUAAUGCUACAUUUGGUUCCACCACGAGUACUCCAGUUUCUCAACCCCCUCCAAUAUCUAGAUCCAUGAAUGUUAGUGAUGGCAAACAUGAGACCAAAUGGUUCAAGGAGUGGUAUAGGGCAUCUUCCACCAUGGGAUCUAAUAUUACCAAAACUGAAGUGGAUCGAUAUUUAUCAAAUGCUUGUGAGGCACUCAGCGAAUCAUUUGACUUGUUGACUUAGUGGAAAAUAAAUGAGGCUAACUAUCCUAUACUUGUGAGGAUUGCACGAGACUUAUUAGCCAUGCCUGUUUCCACAGUUGCAUCCAAGUCAGCAUUUAGAACGGGAGGUCGUGUGCUUGAUCCUUUUCGGAGUUCGUUGGCUCCGAGAACUGUUGAGGCACUUAUUUGCACUCAAAAUUGGUUAAGGCAUCCGGCAACACACAUUGAUAUCCGAGAGGCGAUGGAUAAUGUCGAGAGCUUUGUAGUAGAAUCGGAGUUGACCACACAAUCGAACGUGACAAGUAUUGACGAUUGAAGAUUGAAGACUUGAAGCAAUAUUUUUCAUUUAUUUAUGUUAUUUGUUGUGCUUGUAUUUUUGCUAUGCUUAAGACAAUUUGGUUUGUUUUUCAAAUUUGUAAUAUGUAAUACUAAAU